CUUUACUUUCGCUUGUGAACCACAACAACACCGGUAGGAGGGAUACAUUCAGGGCAAACACACGCACACACGUCUGCACUCUUCGACCAAGAAUCAUUCUCGUUUGACCCCGCGGGGAAACGCUUUGUUGAACAAAAGCCAAAAUGUCAAAGAUAGACAAGAUGAGCAUCCUCGGGGUGAGGAGCUUUGGGAUUGAGGAUAAAGACAAACAAGUCAUUACAUUCUUCACCCCGCUGACCGUGCUGGUUGGACCCAACGGAGCAGGAAAAACGACUAUUAUUGAGUGCCUGAAGUAUGCCACGUCAGGAGAACUUCCCCCUGGAUCUAAAGGAGGUGCAUUUGUUCACGAUCCAAAGGACGCCCACGAGACGGACGUGCGGGCACAGAUUCGACUCUUAUUCACCGAUGUCAGCGGAGAGAAAGUGACCAUCAGCCGCUCCAUGUCCUGCACUCAGAAGGCAAAGCACUACACCUUCAAAAGCUUGGAGCAGGUCAUUUCCAGGAUAAAGGACGGGGAGAAAAAGAGCUUGUCGUCAAAGUGUGUAGAAGUGGAUCGCGAGAUGAUCUCCGCAAUGGGCGUGUCGAAGGCUGUGCUGAAUAACGUCAUCUUUUGUCACCAAGAAGAGGCCAACUGGCCGCUUAGCGAGGGCAAAGCGCUCAAAGAAAAGUUUGACUCCAUCUUCGCUGCAACCAAGUACAUCAAGGCUCUGGAGACGAUGCGUCAGCUACGUGUCAAAAAGGGUCACACGGUCAAAGAGUGUCAAUUGGAGUUACGCUACCUGAAGCAGAAUAAGGAGAAAGCCCAUCAGAUCAGGGAAACCGUGGCCACCAAGGAGGCCCAGCUGAUGGCGUCUAGAGACAGCAUCCAGCAGAUAGAGCGCCAGACUGAGCCACUGGAGGCUCGAAUGGCCGAUAUAGAGACAAAACUGGGGAAAGUAAUGAAGCUGGACAAUGACAUCAAAGCUUUAGACAGCCGGAAGAAACAGAUGGAGGAAGAUAACAAGGAGCUGGAGGAAACCAUGGAACAGGUGUUCCAGGGUUCAGACAAGCAGCUGCAGGAUAGUUACCAGAACCACCAGAGGACUGUGAGAGAGAAGGAGCGCAGGUUGACUGAGUGCCAGAAGGAUCUGGAGAAAGCUGGACGGGAGUGUCAGAGACUCCACAGAGUCAAGGCUGAUCUCCUGGUAGAGCAAGGUUCUCUACAGCUGAAGGCUGACCACCACACUCAAAACAUCAAGAACCGGGACAAUCAGGUUCGCUCGUUGUCGUCCUAUCUGGAGAUGGAGGGUUUCGACCGGCCACCCUUCAGUGCCCUUCAGCUAGAGAGCUUCCAUCAGCACGUCGCACAGAGACUUGAGCAGGAAAGAGUGGCAAUCAAUCAGGUUAUGGCCGACCUGCAGGAAAAAGAGCAGCAGAAGCAGCAGUCCAUUGAUGAAAUGAGGGACAAGAAGACUGGCCUGGAGAGAACAGCGGAGUUGAAGGGAGACAUGCAGGGAAAGAAGCAGCAGGAACUGAGGAACAUCAGGGCAGAGCUGCAGAGGCUGGAGGGUUCGUCCAGCCGCCUGCAGGAACUGGAGAACGAGCUGGCUAAAGUGGAGCGUGAGCUGAAAAGUGCAGUUCAGAGCUCCAACGUGGAGGCGCUGAAGGCGGAGGUGGUGGAGCUCCAGAGCGAAAAGGUUGAACUUGACCGCACACAGAGAAAGCUCGACCAGGAGAUGGGGAUGCUCAAUACGCACACCACCGCACGCACCCAGAUGGACAUGCUGAAAAAGGACAAGACGGAGAAGGAGGAGCAGGUUCGUAAGAUCAAGUCUCGCCACAGUGAGGAGCUGGUGUCAUUGCUAGGCCACUUCCCCAACAAGAGAGAGCUGGAGGACUGGAUCUAUGGCAAAUCUAAGGAAAUCAACGGUACCAGGGACAGACUUUCCAAACUCCAUAAGGACCUGGCAUCCAGUGAGCAGAAUAAAAGCCACAUUGCUGCUGAGGUGCGGAAAAAGGAGCAGCAGUUAGCCAGCGACGAAGAGAAGUUCUUCAACGUGUGCGGCAGUCAGGACCUGGAGCAGGACCUGGGCAAACUACGAGAGGAUCUGGAGAAGAUCUCCAAACAAAGAGCCAUGCUAGCCGGAGCCACCGCUGUGUACACGCAGUUCAUCAGCCAGCUGACCGAGGAGACGGAGCCCUGCUGCCCCGUGUGCCAGCGGACCUUCCCCUCCGACUCUGAUCUGCAGGAAGUCAUCAGCGACAUGCAGUCCAAACUCCGCCUGGUGCCCGACAAGCUGAAAAACACAGAGCAGGACCUGAACAGGAAGGAGCAGCGGAGGGAUGAGAUGAUGGCUCUCCGACCUGUCAGGCAGUCCAUUGUACAGUUUCAGGAAAAGGAGCUGCCGGAAUUGAGGAACCGCUUGCAGACUGUGAACAGAGAGAUCGAGAGGCUGAAGGGCAACGUGGAGGAGCAGGAGACUCUGCUCGGUACCCUGAUGUCUGAGGAGGAGACGGCCAAGGCCUGCCUGCAGGACAUCUCUCUCAUGGACAGAUACCUGAUGGACCUUAAAGAGUUGGAGAAGAAAAUAGCUCAGCAAGCAGCCAAGCUUCAGGGAGUGGACCUGACCAGAACCGUCCAGCAAGUCAGUCGGGAGAAACAAGAGACUCAGCACAAGCUAGAUACCACCUCCAGCAAGAUGGAGCUGAAACGUAAGCUGGUCCAGGACCAGCAGGAUCAGAUUCAGUUGCUGAAAAGUGCUGUAAAUGAGACCCGGGAAGAGAAACUGCAGCUGAGCAGUGACAUGCAGAAACAGCAGCAGCUGGAGGAGCAGUGCAUCGAGUUCGCCACUGAACUGCAGGCCUUAACCAGGGACAUCAGGGAGGCGAGAGAACAGCUCUCCCCUUUGUCUGCCGCCCUGGAGAAGCUGCAACAGGAGAAGCAGGAGCUGGUGGAGCACAAGAGGCAGAAGCAAGAAGAGGGGCGGGACAAGAUCACUACCAUUAAAGAUAAAGUGAAGGAGAUCUCCAACUUGGUCAGAGACAUCACCAAAUACGUUGAUGACGGCAAAGAUGAAUACAAAGAGCAAAAAGAGGCUGAGCUUCAAGAAACCAACACCCAGCUCCACGAGGCUGAGAAGGACAAAGAGAAGGUCAACAAGGAGAUGGGGAACGUCCGUCAGGACAUAGACACUCAAAAGGUCCAGGAGCGCUGGUUGCAGGACAACUUGACCUUGAGGAAGCGUGUUGAGGAACUGAAGGAGGUUGUGGCGAAACGCGAGGCUCUAAUGAAAGACAUGGGCAACAUGCAAGUGCUGCAGCUACGCCACGAACACCGUGAGGCCGAACGCAAGCUGGAGGAGCUGAAGAAGAACCGCAGCAUCGCUUUUGGUCGUCAAAAGGGGUUUGAGGAGGAGAUUAUGGGUUGCAGAAAAGAGCUACGAGAAGAUCAGUACGACAAAGCCGAUGAGCUCUACAAGAACAAGAUGAUAACCAUGAGGACGACCGAGCUGGUCAUCAAAGACCUGGAUCUCUACUAUAAGGCCCUCGAUCAAACCAUCAUGAAAUUCCACAGCAUGAAGAUGGACGAGAUCAACAAGAUCGUCCGAGAUCUGUGGCGCAGCACCUACAGGGGUCAAGACAUUGAGUACGUGGAGAUCAGGUCUGAUGUCGACGAAAACGCGUCCGCUGGAGUGAAGCGCCGGGUUUACAACUACAGAGUAGUUAUGGUCAAAGGGGACACGCCUUUGGACAUGAGGGGACGCUGCAGUGCCGGACAGAAGGUGUUGGCGUCCCUGAUCAUUCGUCUUGCCCUGGCCGAGACCUUCUGUCUGAACUGUGGGAUCCUGUCCCUGGACGAGCCCACCACCAACUUGGACCGAGAAAACAUUGAGUCACUGGCACACGCCCUCGUAGAAAUCAUCAAGAGUCGCUCGAGCCAGCGCAACUUCCAGCUGCUGGUCAUCACCCACGACGAGGACUUUGUGGAGCUGCUGGGCCGCUCGAGCUACAUCGAGCACUUCUACCGCAUCCGAAAGAACCAGGACCAGAACUCCGAGAUCACCAAGUGCAGCAUCGCCUCCCUCACCACCUAUCUCCACUGAGCAGACAACUGACUCCCAACCCUUUUUCAUUUCGGUUGCACAAAUGUCGAUUUGUUCAGUUGAUUUUGGUAGAAUAGGAACUGCUUGGAAAGCGUAUUCAUGCACAUUUAGCGACUAUCUGUAAAACGAGAAUUAACCUUGACGUUUCUGCACAAAGGUCUCCGUCCUCUUGUUCUUCUUCGAGCCGGAAAGCCAUUUCCAGAAAUGUAGCAAUACCUAAACAUUUGUUUUCUACACUAAAAUAAGUUGAGAAAGUUCUUGGUGAAGUGCUUGUAGAAAAGCUGAUAAUUGUACCUGGUCUUUGGAUGACAUCACAAACCACAUUUCAUGACAAACCGUCUGGCGCUGAUGUUUUUGGUCUUUGUACAGUGUCCAGUAGCCAUCUGCUGGCCAGCGCGGGUAACGGAAGGAUGAGUUCUGUUUCAAUGUUCCGCGCUUUGUGUUUUAACGCUUUGGCAUUAAACCUUGUUUGAAGGAUUUGGGGUUGA